AUGGAAGGAGACGCCGGCGGCGAUGGCCAGGCCAGCGGGAGCCAACGCCGAGAUGGCAAGCGGGUGGCCCGCGACACCGACGGGAGCCAAGACAAAGGACACGGUCGUAACGAUGAGCCAAGCGGAUCAGAUCGCUCCUUGUCUGAACGACUCCGCACCUCGGGCAAGAUGGCACUCCACGCCAUGUCCAGCGGCGGCGACGGGAUGCCCAGCACCAUGUCCGACCAGAAGUCGGCCGAUGCGUCUGGCUUGGGCAGCGGGUCUGCCACUCGUUUGUCCCAAACCAUUGCCGAGGCGUCGUCUGCCUCUUCGUCACAAGGGGCAGCGCAACCUCAUCACAGUGCGUCAUUUCGGACGCACUCUCAUUCCGGGGACGCGGCUGCUGCUUUUGAUACAUUCAUGGGUGUCCCAAAUCACAAAUCUCGCUUGCCGGCAACAGGGCAGCGGGAACAUGUAGGGGCCCCCGUGACGCAGCACCCAAUGGCAGUACCCGGCCAACAGCGGACAGUCGCUCAGCAGGAGGCAACCGACGGCAUUGAAGUCGUUCAGCUGCUGUCUAUGCCAGACUACGAAGCGGAUGUGGCCGUGUGGGCGGAAGGGGAGGACGAUGACGCCUUGUCACCCGCUGAAGAGGCGAGGUUACGUGAGGCACUUUUCGUGGGAGAGACUGCCGACAGGAGAGCCCACUGGGACCGGCUCCUCAAUUUCAGACCAGAUUCCGCUGGCCCGGCUGAUAUGCUGCAGCUUUUGGGCACCGCAGAGACUUCGGCUGCGGACGGCAUAUGGCUGCAGCACUGGAGCGAUGUCCUCUCCGCAUACAACGACGAGGUCUGGGGCGACCUCGGGCCACUUGCGGCAGAGGCGAAGCAUGAGGUCGACCGCUUGUCUAUCCUGGAUGCGAAGGGCCUGGACCAAGGCCAAACGACAGCGCUCAACCGGCUUCAACAGAUAUUGGCGCACGUGCGGGGGUCCACAUAG